GUUUCCUCCUACUGCGCAUGUGGUAAUCUGACUGACACCAGUCGUGAUGAAAAACGUUUUAGCCACCAAUCAAAGCAAGCUCAUGUUGGGACUUGUCCUGCUACUUGGGAUAUUUUGGAGACACAUUCAUCAUGAACAGGAAGUCAGCCAUAGAAGGAUGGGAGACUUUCUGCAGCUCUGCUAGCAGGGACCAUGGAGAGGAAGGAGGAGGAGCUUAAAAGAGGUCACUGGAAUCAGGCAGCUAUGGCUGAGGAGUUUGUGACCCUCAAGGAUGUAGCCAUGGAUUUCACCUUGGAAGACUGGGAAGACCUGGAGUCAGAGCUGGGCCAGAGAGAUCUGUUCUGGGAUGCGACACUGAACAACUACCAGGACCUUUUCUCCUUUACACACCCUCCGCAACCCAGCCUGAUUUUCCAGCCAGAUGUCAGGGAAGAGCUGGAAGCUAUAGUCAGAGGAGGCCCAGAAGCCACCAGUGAUGAAGCGACUGAGGCCAAGAACCCUCCUUUGCAGAGUGGUUUCUUGGAAGAAGACCUCUCCCAGAUUAUGGAGAUAUUUUCCACGGAGGAACUCAACUUUGAAUCCUGUAUAGGUGAGAACUGGUUCGAUAGUUUUCUGGGAGACCCAGAAAGUCUUCCAAGACCUGACAUCAGCAACAAGGAAAGCCCAACAGAUCAUAGGUGUCAUGAGUCCGAGAGUGGCCUCAGUCCUGGACCUCCCCAUUGCACAAGAGAGGGUGCUGUGAUGUCUGGUAGUCCUGAAAAGAACCUCGCUCCAGUGAUACUGAAGGAGUCCAGGAGCGACCUGAGCCAGCAGAACUCUGUCCAGGGACAAGAGAAGCUAUAUAAGUGUAGUGAGUGUGGGAAAAGCUUCAGCCAGAGUUACCACCUCAUCCAGCACUGGGUCAUCCACGCCAGGGGGGAGCUUCCUGCAUGGCAGGAGCAACCAGGAGCUCUCAGUAAGGGCGCUCUCCUUCUCAUGCAGCCAGGAACUCAGACGAGCUCCGAGUCCUAUGUGUGUCAGGAGUGUGGCAAAAGCUUUAGUCAGAAUAUGUACCUCCAGUGGCAUCAGAAAAUCCACACUGGAGAAAAACUUUGUAAAACUCAAAGUGACAACCUAGAAAAACCCUCUAAGGGUCCAAGUGAUGAGCCGGGAAAGCAGCUGGUGAGUGAAGCUGCUGACUCAGCAAAACUGUGUGACAGCCGAGGUUGGGACCAAGAAAAACCACCUACUAAUAAAAGACAUGACCUAGAAGACCUGCAUAAGGGUCAGCAUGGUGACAGUCCAUCCGUUCUGCAUCCAAAGCCUAUCAAGCAUCAGAAAACUGCUACACGUGCUAAGUGCUUCAGAUGUAGGAGGUGUGGCAAGACUUUCAGUUGGGCCUUUCAUCUAGCUGACCACCAGAAAGUCCACACCCAGAGACUCUAUGGAUGUACUUCAUGCCCUGCAGUCUUCAACUUGAGGAAACAUUUCUUCCAACAUCGCAAAACACAUUUUGCCAAAACUGUCUUUGAGUGUCAAGAGUGCAGAAAGCUCUUUAAUCGGAGGUCAUCACUCAUUAAGCACCAGGCUGUUCAUACAGGAGAGAAGCCAUACAAGUGUAAUGAAUGUGGUAAAGCUUUCAACCACUUCUCCACCCUGAAGAUCCACCAGAGGAUUCACAGCGGAGAGAAGCCCUACACCUGCAGUGAGUGUGGGAAAACCUUCUCCCGUAGAACAGCCCUUACUGAGCACCAUCGAGUCCACUCAGGCUUCAGGCCCCACCAGUGUCCGGUGUGUCCCAGGAGGUUUAGCCGUCCCUCACACUUGACUCGACACCAGCUGAGUCAUGCUGCAGAAAGGCUCUUUGGCUGUGCUAAAUGCAAGGAGACCUUCGGCCAUAAAGAGCAGCUGGAGCGGCACUAUAAAAGCCACACCAUCGAGUGCUCGUACGAAUGUAAGCAGUGUGGAGAACACUUCAUUUGCAGCUCAACUCUGAAUUGCCACCUGAGCAUACACAUCAGAGAAAAUACAAGCGAGAAAGUUUCGGGUCAGCACUCACAGCACACUGAAAAAUGCUUUAAGAAUACCAAGUGUGGAAAAGCCUUUAACCACAGCAAAUACCCAGAGCAGCAUGAGAAGAUUCAUGCCAAGGUGGCAUCCUGUGAGCAGAGCCCGUGCGGGAACACCUGCGACCAGAGUAUGCAGCCCAUUCACUGUCAGAGCAGUUGUGCUGCUGUAAAACCAAACGAAUGCACUGAGCCUGAGAAAUGCAUGCAUAACAGCUCUGUCAGCCAGCACCAACCUUCCCAAAGCGAGCCACCCUUUAAGUGUAACACAUGCAACAGGACCUUCAAGCAGAGUGCCCACCUCUCAAACCAUCAGUUGAUUCACACCACAGAGAAACCCUUUAAAUGCAAGGAAUGUGACCGGGCCUUCAAGCACAGUAACUACCUCAUUCAGCACCAGAAAAUUCAUUCUGUAAAGGACUUUGAGUGUAGUGAGUGUGGGAAAAAGUUUCAUCAGAAAUCAUGCCUUUCUAAGCAUCAGAAAAUCCACUCAGGGCAGAAGCCCUUUAAAUGUGCUGACUGUGGGAAAGCCUUCAUUUUCAGUGCCCAGCUCAUCCGACACCAGAGAAUUCACACUGGAGAAAAGCCUUACGUUUGUCAGGAGUGUGGGAAAGCCUUCAGCCAGAGCUCAUGCCUUACUCUUCACCUUAGGACUCACACAGGUGAGAAGCCAUACACAUGUAGCACAUGUGGGAAAGCCUUUUCUCAGAAGGCAAAUCAAAGGAAGCACGAGAGGACUCACAGUGGUGAGAAGCCUUGUGCCUGUGACGUGUGUGGGAAAAGCUUUGGCUUCAGCACCCAUCUCAGGCAACACCAGAGAAUUCACACCAAGGAGAAGCCACGGUGUCAAGACUGUCAUAAAGCCUUUCACAGCAUCUCUGCUCUGAGCGAACAUCAGAAACUUCACACUUGUACAGCAGCAAGUACCACUGCCCAGAGCCACCUGCUCACAGUGGAGGCCCGUGAAGGCCCUCAUUUGGAGCCAGCCAUUGAAACCAGCACACUGCAAACCUCCCCUCCCCACAGUCCUAAUAAAAAUCAAUGAGGCAGAUUGGACAGACGCAUCCCAUCCAGACCAGCGGUUCUCAACUUCCCUGAUGCUCCAACCUUUUAAGACAGUUCCUCAUCCUGUGGUGACUUCCAGCCAUAAAAUCAUUUUGUUGCUA